AUGAACCGUAAGAAGACGGAAGCCGAUCGAAAGCUUCUGAAGCUCCUGGAAAGUGAUGGAGAUGAAGCCGUUUUGGGAGACGAGUUCAAAUCUGAAUUAGUCAAGCAGAUUAUGAUCAAAUCAGUGGAGAGUGACGAAUACUGUGCCUCAGGAAGAGCGUUGUGUACCCAAUGCAAAACUUUGUUGUCCGCAACAGACGGUGGUCACGUUUUUCGGCAUUUGGAUCGAUGCACUGGUAAAAGAGCUGCCAGCGAACCCAUUCCGGAAACAAGUGAUGAAUCGCUCCGAUCAGUUGAACCGUUGGCUAAGCAACGAAAAUUGACAGAACAUUCGUAUUCAUCUUCAAAACCAAAGCACAAUCCACCAAAACUCAUCAGCUCCAGAAGACAUUCUUUAAAUGUCUCUGUACCAAACAGGAGUUCCAACAAUUGUUUUCGUAUUUCCUUGUGUUUACGUUCAAGUUUCGGGUGCUUUGGAAUAUUUGGAUAUGGCAAUGAGCAAUAUUGCAAUGAUAUGGCUAUUGUGUCAUAG